AUGGCAGGUCUCAACGCUGUGCUCUUGAUCACAGGGGCUUGGCACGUCCCUGAACACUACUACAAACUCAUUCAUGAGCUGCAGAGCCGUGGUAUAAGAGUCAUCUGCAAACGCCUUCCAACAAACAAUAACGUUGUGCCGCCUAACAAGACAAUCCAAGAUGAUAUCGACUUCAUUAAAGGCAUCGUCUCUAAGGAGGUUGCUGAAGGCACGCAUCUCACUGUCAUUGGUCACUCGUGGGGAGGCAUGCUUGCUUCUGCAGCUUUAGCGAAUUUUGCUGUUUCGCCCGGGUCAAAAGAAGGAGGUGUCACUGACAUGAUCUUCAUUGCCGCCUUCAUUCCUUCGGAAAAUGAUUCAUUGGCCGGUCUCUCUGGUGGAAAGCCGCCUCCUGCGCUUGUUGCUGAAUCUGACGGGACUCUGGUGCCGACUGUUCCCAUUCAUCUUUUCUAUCAUGACCUGCCAGAGGAGGAAGCUCAGUGGGCCAAGAGUACAAUGGUCGCUCAUGGUACAGAUGUUCAAUACGCUCCAAUCGAUUGUCAGAAAGUUGCAUGGCGUGUUAUUCCGCUGGCUUUUUUCAUUUGCGAGGAGGAUCAAGGAUUGCUCAUUUUCUUGCAGGAGGGCAUGAUUGCAAAGGUUGAAGAUCAGGGGGUCACCGUUCAGAAGUAUCGGUUACCCUCCUCUCAUAGCCCUUUCUUGAGUAUGCCCAAGAAGCUUGCUGACAUCGUGUUGGUGUUCAUGAACUCACGAUAA